AUGGGGAGCGGAGGCGUGAUCCACUGUAGGUGUGCCAAGUGUUUCUGUUAUCCUUCAAAGCGGAGAAUAAGAAGGAGACCUCGAAACCUCACAAUCUUGAAUCUCCCUGAAGAUGCGCUCUUUCAUAUCCUGAAAUGGCUUUCUGUUGGAGAUAUCCUCGCUGUCCGAGCUGUACAUUCCCACCUGAAGUACCUGGUGGACAACCAUGCCAGCGUGUGGGCAUGCGCCAGCUUCCAGGAGCUGUGGCCUUCUCCGGGGAACCUGAAGCUCUUUGAAAGGGCUGCUGAGAAAGGGAACUUUGAAGCUGCCGUGAAGCUGGGCAUUGCCUACCUCUACAACGAAGGCUUGUCGGUGUCUGACGAGGCCCGGGCGGAAGUGAACGGCCUGAGGGCCUCUCGCUACUUCAGCCUGGCUGAGCGGCUGAACGUGGGCGCCGCGCCCUUCAUCUGGCUCUUCAUCCGCCCGCCUUGGUCGGUGUCCGGGAGCUGCUGCAAGGCUGUGGUUCACGAGAGCCUCAGGGCGGAGUGCCAGCUACAGAAAACCCACAGGGCGUCCAUACUUCACUGCCUGGGGAGGGUGCUGAGUCUCUUCGAGGAUGAAGAGAAACAGAAGCAGGCCCGGAACCUGUUUGAAGAGUCCGCUAACCAGGGGUGUCUGACCAGCUCAUACCUCCUCUGGGAGAGUGACAGGCGGAUGGACAUGCUGGACCCCGGACGGUGCCUCCACAGCUUCCGGAAGCUCAGGGACUUUGCUGCCAAAGGCUGCUGGGAAGCGCAGCUGUCUCUAGCCAAAGCCUGUGCACAUAGACACCAGCUCGGAUUGGAAGCAAAAGCCUCCAGCGAGAUAGUCUGCCAGUUGUUCCAGGCCUCCCACGCUGUCAAUAAGCAGAGGGUCUUCUCUGUCCAGAAAGGGCUCAAUGACACGAUGAGGUACAUCCUCAUCGACUGGCUGGUGGAGGUCGCGACCAUGAAGGACUUCUCGAGCCUGUGUCUCCACCUGACCGUGGAGUGCGUGGACCGGUACCUGCAGAGGCGGCUGGUGCCCCGGUACCGGCUGCAGCUGCUGGGCAUCGCCUGCAUGGUCAUCUGCACCCGGUUCAUCAGCAAAGAGAUCCUGACAAUCCGGGAGGCUGUGUGGCUCACAGACAACACGUACAAGUACGAGGACCUGGUGAGGAUGAUGGGCGAGAUCAUCUCGGCCCUGGACGGGAAGAUCCGGGUCCCCACCGUGGUCGAUUACAAGGAUGUCCUGCUGACACUGGUCCCCAUGGCACCAAGAACCCAGCACCUGUGCGGCUUCCUCUGUGAGCUCUCCCUGCUGCACACCAGCCUGGCCGCCUACGCCCCGGCCCACCUCGCUGCGGCCGCCCUGCUGCUGGCGAGGCUGACACACGGGCAGACGCAGCCCUGGACCACCCAGUUGUGGGACCUUACCGGCUUUUCCUGUGAAGACCUCAUCCCCUGUGUCUUAAGUCUUCAUCAGAAGUGCUUCCAUGAUGACGCCCCCAAGGACUACAGGCAGGUGUCUCUCACUGCCGUCAAGCAGCGAUUCGAGGACAAGCGCUACGAGGAGAUCAGCCUGGAAGAGGUGCUGAGCUACGGCCAGCUGUGUGCUGCCCUGGGCGUGAAACAGGAGAGCCUGGAACCUGCGCCCUUCCUCAGUGCGGGCGAUAUUCACGCCUUCCUCAGCUCACCCUCUGGGAGGAGGACCAAGCGGAAGCGGGAGAACAGCCUCCAGGAGGACAGGGGCAGCUUCGUCACCACACCCACCGCCGAGCUGUCCAGCCAGGAGGAGACGCUGCUGGGCAGCUUUCUGGACUGGAGCCUGGACUACUGCUCAGGCUACGAGGGCGACCAGGAGAGUGAGGGCGAGAAGGAGGGCGACGUGACAGCUCCCAGCGGCGUCCUCGACGUCACCGUGGUCUACCUGAGUCCGGAGGAGCACUGCUGCCAGGAGUCCAGUGACGAGGAAGCCUGCCCGGAGGAGGCAUGGGGCCCCCAGGACACACAGGCGCUGGCGCUGGGCCACCAGGCGCUGCGGACCCCAGGGCCGGAGCCCCCCCCGUGCAGCAGGUGGGAGCUGGGCAAGGACAUCACGACAUCGGGGUACUCCUCCGUCAGCAGUCCCACAGACUCCGGGCACGCCUUGGGGGGGCCCCCCCGGUCUACCUCAGAGCUGCCUGCGGGCAGCAGCUUGAACACACAGCCCUGCCACCACCAUGCCCGGAAGUCGUGUUUACAGUGUCGCCCCCCCAGCCCUCCGGAGAGCUGUGCUCCCCAACAGCAGGUGAAGAGGAAGAACCUGUCAGCCCACAGUGAGGAGGAGGAGGAAGAAGACAUGAACUUGGGCUUCUUGAAGCUGUGA